CUGGAACAGAGAAGGAGAGGCAGGCAGAGAGAGAGAGCGAGAGUAAAUAAAUGCGCACAACGUUCUACGUUUGAGGUCUUUAACUUCGUUAACCGGGAAAAUAAAACACGAGUCCCCGGUUACUUACUCGUCUCGUACCGCGUCACGAGCAAUGCUGAGGAAAGUGACGGCGGCUAUCACUUACUAGCACGGCUACACAACAACAACAAUGUCCGGUCUCCCACAGAACAACCUACAGGAGCAGCUGGCACGACACAGCAGUGUUGCUCAGGGCAAACUGUCUCUGUCUAAACCCAAAACUGGGGCUUUUUCUUUUAGAAAGAAGUCCUCAUCGGGUUCAACAAAAGUGGACGUGCCGGCCAAGGUAAUCAGCUCAAAUGUUUUGGCAAACAGGAAUGUCAAUGUCCCUAAGAACCGUUUGGUGACUAAACCUCUUUUGACAUUUUCAAACAAGCUUGAGGGACCUCAAAAGUCCAAAAUCAGCAACUUCUUCCCUGUAAGUUCUAAAGGCAAGUCAGAUUCCAUCAGCCCUGCAGCCCAAACUCAUUCACCAGUGUCUGCUAUUAAGGGGACUACAGCUCCAGCUAGAAAUGAAAGCCAUUUUACUUGUGGAGACAGCACCUCCGCGAGUCUGGAUGCUUCUCUUGGAUUUCCGAUGGACGACUGGGAUGAUUUUGACGACUUUGAGACCCCUGUCAGAACAAAAAAUGACUCGCUGUGUUCAGAAAAAUCAGGGAAGAGCACACCAGUUAUAACUCCCAAAGAGGAACAAACACAAAGAACGGGAAAACUAAGCCUUUAUUCCUCUGCUGAGACACCAGUCUUUUCAAAAAAGAACAGCCGCUGCACAAGUGAAAAAUCCCUUCUAGAAACAAGUGAACUGGAAAAAAAUGUCGAGAAAGCUGCUAUUUCAACAGUACCUGCUUUUGACCAGGACCCAGACUUUUUACUGGGAGAUUCCCCAGAUAUACCCAAGAGACGACGACGCCCUGUUACUUAUAAGAAGUCUGUCAUGAGUGAUAGUGAUGAGGACAUCAAAGCUGUCUCUAAACCUUCUGAAGAAACAACAGACUGUAAGGAAAAAAAGACUGACUGCACAGUAAUAGACCUUGGCGACCACUCGGAGCCUGAAGAUGACAUCAUUCCCCCGUCACCAGUCCCUGAUGUGAUCUCUUCUAAUAUUUCUGUGGUGGAGACAAGGUCAAAAAAGAUCUGUUCCAAAACAGUUGAGGUGGAAAGUGGGAGGAAUCAAGUUUGUGCCAAGGGACCCAACACCAGUGUCCGUGAAUCCUCUGAUCAUCACACAGUGGACAAAACAAAUGAGCAGCUUUACAGUAUAAUGGAGUGCAUUUGUUCUCUGGUUGAUUCCAUUCCUGAACAUGAACUAAUAGGCCUGUCUUGUGGUGAGGAGCUUUUACUGAAGAGGGCUUUAAGGAAGAGGAUUCUAGCAACUGGGGGUGAUGUCAGGUUUAGGAAGCAGCAGCCUGACAGCACUGUGAUCUCUGAACCCAGCUUUAAAGAAAAAUUGUCUUUAAGCUGUGAUACGUCGAGUGUCGCGUCUUCCAGCAGCUUUGUCCCCACAGACUACAAAAAACCACCUCCCCUCAUGAGGUCUUCAGUAAUCUCUGUGGACUAUGACUCUGAUCACUCUGACAGUAUUAUAAACGUGGAGCCCAUGUACAGUAAAAAUAGCGGGAAACCGUAUGAAGAAAAUACGACUAUCUGCGAUUCUCCGUCAGAUUACAGCCUCACAAAGCCGUCGUUUCAUUCCUCAAAGAAGACGAGUAAAGACAUGGAGGGCUCAGGUCUUUUCUACUCUCCCAAGAACAAAUCGAAUUCCCCAACAACCGUCCCAGCUGCAGACAUGGAAACAGAUGAUUUCUACCUUGACGACUUCGACAUUGAUGACUUUAAUGACUCGGAUAUCCCCGGUUACUUUGACGAGCCUCAACCUCCAUCAGUGUCGGCACGAAACUCCAGCGUCGUGUCUACUGCAGUGAAAGAGGGCGGGCCAAGCACGUCUGUGUGGCAGAACAAACAAACAACACCCGUGUCUGCUCCUAAGCCUCCAAAGAUCUGCUCCCCAGAGCCGACCUUCAGGAACCCAGCCCACGAUCGGUUCAGAGGCUUUAACUUCUCCUACUCGCAGGAAAUGAUGAAGAUCUUCCACAAGCGAUUUGGACUCCAUCAGUUCAGGUUUAAUCAACUCGAGGCGAUUAAUGCAACGCUCGAGGGGGAAGAUUCAUUUGUUUUGAUGCCCACAGGUGGUGGCAAGAGUUUGUGUUACCAGUUGCCAGCCUGCAUAUCAACAGGAGUCACUGUGGUCAUCUCUCCCCUGAAAUCACUCAUCAUAGACCAGAUCCAGAAACUCACUACGCUCGAUAUUCCAGCAACGAGUUUGUCUGGUGAGAAAAGUGACAGUGAAGCGGGGAGGAUUUACAUGCAGCUCUCCAGGAAGGAGCCUGUUCUUAAACUACUGUAUGUCACUCCUGAAAAGGUGAGUGCAAGCAACAGGCUGAUCUCUGCCCUGCAAAACCUGUACGAGCGAGCACUACUGGCCCGGUUUGUCAUAGACGAGGCUCACUGCGUCAGUCAGUGGGGCCACGAUUUCCGUCCCGACUACAAGAAGUUACACGAGCUGCGCCACAAAUUCCCCAACGUGCCGAUGAUGGCUCUGACGGCCACUGCCACCCCACGUGUCCAGAAAGAUAUCCUCAACCAGCUGAAUAUGUCGAAGCCGCAGGUGUUCACCAUGAGUUUCAACCGGACAAACCUGAAGUAUGCCGUGCUGCCCAAGAAACCCAAAAAGGUGGACGAGGACUGCAUCAGCUGGAUCAAGAAGCACUACCCACGCGACUCUGGUAUUGUUUACUGUCUGUCCCGUAACGACUGUGACGCCAUGGCUGAGAGUCUUCAGAGAGCGGGAAUAUUGGCUCUGUCGUACCAUGCGGGACUUAAGGACAAAGACAGAGAAUAUGUGCAGACCAAGUGGAUUAAUCAAGAUGGCUGCCAGGUCAUUUGUGCCACCAUAGCCUUUGGCAUGGGCAUUGACAAGCCCGACGUGCGCUACGUGAUCCACGCCAGUCUGCCGAAAUCAGUGGAGGGUUACUACCAGGAGUCAGGAAGAGCCGGCCGAGAUGGAGAGGUCUCUCACUGUAUUCUAUUCUACUCCUACACGGACGUGCACCGCAUCAAGAGGAUUAUCAGCAUGGACAGAGAAGGAGACCAACACGCCAAGGCGACUCACUUCAACAACCUCCACAGCAUGGUGCACUUCUGUGAGAACAUGAUGGAGUGCAGAAGAAUUCAGCUGCUCGCGUACUUUGGGGAACUCAAGUUCAACAAGAACUUCUGCAAAGACCAUCCUGACGUGAGCUGCGACAACUGUUCCAAGCCCAAUCAAUACAAGAUGAGAAAUGUCACGGAAGACGUGAAGAAGAUCGCGAGGUUCGUCCAGGAGAACUGUGAGAAAGUUGGAGCGAGGUUUGCGAAGUCUUCUCAAAAGAACCGACUGACGCUGAACAUGCUGGUGGAUAUCUUCCUCGGGUCAAAAUCUGCAAAGGUACAGUCAGGAAUGUUUGGGAUGGGAGGAGCCUACUCCCGACACAAUGCCGACCGUCUCUUUAAGAAGCUGGUUCUGGAUAACAUCCUGGUCGAGGACCUGUACAUCACCGUCAACGGUCAAGCUGUGUCUUAUAUCUCAGCCGGACCUAAGGCCAUGAACGUGCUGUCUGGAAACAUGCAGGUGGAGUUCUACGAGACGGAGAGCGCGUCAAGCAUCAGGAAAAACAAAGCCGCCGUGGCCAAGAACGUCUCUCAGAGAGAAGAGAAGGUUCAGGAGUGUCUGAAGGAGCUGACCGAUCUGUGCAAGGAGCUCGGCAAGGCGUUCGGCAUCCACUACUACAACAUCUUCUCCACUUCCACGUUGAAAAAGAUAGCUGAGAAGCUCUCCUCUGACCCUGACAUCCUUCUUCAGAUUGAUGGUGUGACAGAGGACAAACUGGAGAAGUAUGGAGCUGAAGUCGUUAAGCUCUUAAAGAAAUACUCCCAGUGGCAGCAUCCUCAGGAGGAACAGAACAACGGAGGCGAUGACGGGUGGAUAGACACGACGCGAGGCCGCGCAAACAUCGAUUACGACGAUGACGACGACACCGAGUCCUCCACCUACUUCAACAAACAAGCGGCACAGGGCCAGAAGAGGAAGAAAGCUCCAUUCUUCAAGUAUUCCAAGAAGAGAAAAGGUCAGGGCUACAAUAGCAACAAGUCGUGGUCGUCAUCGAGCUCCAGAGGUGGAUACAAAGCAGCGGGACGCGGCUCCAGGAGCUCAGCUGGAGACUCAUCAGCAGCAGCAGGAGCAGCAGGAGCAGCAGGAGGCAGGAGACCGGGCUUCUUAGCUGCACCAACACCUCAAGGCAAACAGCGGCCUUUCUUAAAGCCAACUUUUUCACACAUGGGCUAGAAACGUCUCAGCACAACAACCUGAUCUAAAACUUUAUAUUCAUGUUUUGUCUCUUCAGAUUUUCUGUUUAUUUAAAAAAUGUUUUUGUUAUUUUUUUACUGUCUGUCUACAUUUUCUAUAUUAAAGCCAAGUAAAAGUU